CUUCUGGUACUUCCUAGAGCGAGAAAGCACAUCCCUCUCUCUCUCUCUCUCUCUCUUUUUUCUCAGUAUCAUUUUCAUUUGAUAGAAAAACGGAAAUUCAGUCUCAUCUUUUAGAAUUUCGAAUUUUCUGUGUUAGAAAUGCCAAGUUUUACGUUCUACCAGCGGUUUUCUAGAGCUUUCCAUGAUUAUCCUUCGCUUUCUAAGUUGAUCAUCAUCACCACCGUCAGUGGGGGUGGCCUUAUUGCUUAUUCUGAGGCAAAUGGAUCAAGUGAUGCAUACAAAGUUGCUCCUACUGAAACAGGAGUCAGGAAAAAGAAGGUGGUGGUCCUUGGAACUGGCUGGGCAGGAACUAGUUUCUUGAAGUGUCUCAAUAGUCCCUCUUACGAUGUUCAAGUGAUAUCGCCUCGUAAUUACUUUGCAUUCACGCCGUUGCUGCCAAGUGUUACAUGUGGUACUGUGGAAGCUCGCAGCAUUGUGGAACCAAUUCGUAAUAUAGUCAAGAAGAAAAAUAUUGACGUCUCUUUCCGGGAAGCUGAAUGUUACAAGAUUGAUACACAAAAUAAGAAAGUUUAUUGUCGAUCUAAUCAGAACAACAGCUUGAAUGGAAGUAAAGAAUUUGCUGUGGAGUAUGACUACCUUGUAAUAGCGAUGGGAGCUCGUCCUAAUACAUUCAAUACCCCAGGUGUAGAGGAGAAUUGUCAUUUCUUGAAGGAAGUUGAAGAUGCUCAGAGGAUCCGCAGGACUGUUAUAGAUGCCUUUGAGAAAGCAAGCCUUCCUGAUCUAGGUGAUGAGGAGAGAAAGAGAAUUCUUCAUUUUGUGGUAGUUGGUGGUGGACCUACCGGGGUUGAGUUUGCUGCUGAGCUUCAUGAUUUUGUUAAUGAGGAUUUAGUGAAGCUAUACCCAAUGGUAAAAGAAUCAGUUAAAAUAACCCUUCUAGAGGCGGCAGAUCAUAUUCUUAACAUGUUUGACAAAAGAGUCACUGCUUUUGCUGAAGAUAAGUUCCAAAGAGAUGGAAUUGAUGUGAAACUGGGAUCCAUGGUUGUUAAAGUAACUGAUAAAGAAAUUUCUACUAAAGCAAGAAGAAAUGGGGAAACUACUUCUAUGCCAUAUGGAAUGGUUGUUUGGUCGACAGGCAUUGGAACUCGUCCUAUAAUAAAGGAUUUUAUGACGCAAAUUGGUCAGGCAAAUAGGCGUGCUUUGGCCACUGAUGAAUGGCUGAGAGUUGAGGGAUGUGAUAACAUUUACGCACUUGGUGAUUGUGCAACAAUUAACCAGCGCAGAGUCAUGGAAGAUAUCGCAGCAAUAUUUAGCAAGGCUGAUAAGGACAACUCUGGAACGCUUACAGUCAAAGAAUUCCAAGAAGUCCUUCAGGAUAUAUGUGAAAGAUACCCUCAAGUGGAGCUUUACUUGAAGAACAAAAAGAUGGGCGAUAUAGAGGAUUUGUUGAAGGAGGCCAAAGAGGAUGCUGCUAAAGAAGCCAUUGAGCUGAAUAUAGAAGAAUUUAAAAAGGCUCUUUCUGAAGUGGAUACUCAGAUGAAAAAUCUCCCAGCAACAGCGCAGGUUGCAGCUCAACAAGGUGCCUAUCUUGCCAAGUGUUUUAACCGAAUGGAAGAGUGUGAAAAAAAUCCAGAAGGACCUCUCAGGUUCAGGGAAUCAGGCCGCCAUCGGUUUCAACCAUUCAGGUAUAGACAUUUGGGACAAUUUGCUCCAUUGGGAGGGGAACAAACUGCAGCUCAACUUCCAGGGGAUUGGGUCUCUAUAGGCCAUAGUACCCAGUGGCUUUGGUAUUCAAUAUAUGCAAGUAAGCUUGUGAGCUGGCGCACGCGGUCAUUGGUGAUCACCGACUGGAUGAGGCGAUUUGUCUUUGGAAGAGAUUCAAGUGGCAUCUAAGGCAGCCACAACUACUCUUAUGUUCUGAUUGGCAGAGUCAAAGCACAUUUUGUCGACCAAACUUUCUAUUUGGUAACAGAAAAUCUUUUUGAAUUGCUAUAUAAUAAUUCACACGUCAGCCCCCUUGGUAGUUCUGUAAUUUACCAGAAACUUGUCAGGGUUAAUUUUUUUUAUUUUUUAAUUUUUAGUUGAGGUGUCACCAUAAUUUUGAUAAUGUGGGUUCCCCACAUUUUUACAUAUGAAUAAAGUUACCCCAAAGGGCAAAAAAUUCCCACUAAAUUAUUUCUAUUUCAACCAAACAGUCCGAGUUGCAUCACAAACUCAGAAGAAAAGAAAAGAUGUUUGGAUGCUCCGGCAACUUUUGGCUUAA